CUUCUCAAUGUGUCAUUUUAUUCAGAGAUUUUCUAAGUAGUGUGCGCGCUCGCGAGGAAAACGUAAGCGUAAUAAAACGAGACGGAAAAACACACAAAUCGCACGUAGAACUGUACUCUCUUAGAAAUAUACACAUCAAUAUUAUACAUAUACACGACGUUUUCCUUUUAAUAUUAUUUUACGUACUAUUUUGGAAUACACAAAGUCAGUGCGAGCUGAAAAGAGACAGUAAAGAGAAGUAAGUAGAGCUGAAGAAGGCAAGAGUAAAAAAAAAUAUAACACAAUACAACAGGAUCUAGUGAAAAGUAUUUGGAUUAAAUUCUUCAGCAUUUGAAAUACACAAGAGAAAAAUCAACGUGUAAAAAAACGAGCACAUCACAUGAGAUAGAUUCUCAUUUUUUUAUUACUUACCAUAAUAAUUGUGGAAGACGAAGUGAAUGAGUGUGAUCGGGUGGCAAAGAAACAAAAAUUGUGGAGAGAAAAGUCAUUUUACAUGUGACACAAAAACGAAUAAAAAAACCCUUAAGUUGUGAAUCCAGCUUUUAUGAUCAGAAGAGAUAGAUUGAUUGAAUCAUAAAGAAACAAAGAGAUAAAGCGAAUUGAAAAGAUGUCUUCAAUAUUAGAUACACCAAUAGCACCAUCAUCAUCGUCGUCGCCGUCAUCUUCAACAAUGCCAAAUUCACAAAGCAGCCCGACUGAUGCUGCCGCCGACUUUAGUACGAAUUCAACUGAUAAUCAAAUCGGUUCAGAUGCAGCUAGUACAUCAAGCCGAACGGAAUCAACGAGUACAAAAAGCUUUGAUCCAACAACAGAUUCAAAAUUCGGCAGCAACGACUCGAGCGAUAAACAAAAUGCAGAUACAAAUGGCACGAAAAAGGACGAUUCAAUGUUUGAAUGUAAUAUUUGUUUGGAUACAGCCAAAGAGGCGGUUGUUAGUAUGUGCGGUCAUCUAUUUUGUUGGCCAUGCUUACAUCAAUGGCUAGAAACACGACCAACACGUCAAUUGUGUCCCGUUUGCAAAGCAGCAAUUAGCAAAGAAAAAGUGAUUCCAUUAUAUGGACGCGGCAGUACUAAAGAGGAAGAUCCACGUUCAAAAGUUCCACCACGACCAGCUGGUCAACGUACAGAACCCGAACCAAAUACAACAUUUCAAGGAUUUGGCUUUGGCGAUGGUGGUUUUCAAAUGUCAUUAGGAAUUGGCGCUUUUCCAUUCGGUAUUUUUACAUCAACAUUCAAUUUUGGCACCAAUAUUCGUUCGCAGAGUAUGUAUCCUAGUACAACUGUACAAUUAGAAGAAGAACAAUGGUUGUCAAAACUAUUCCUCUAUGUGACCAUAUUAUUCUUGGCCUGGCUCAUUCUUAUCUAAAACUGAAAUUUAUCCAAUCAAUAUCUCCGCGUUUCUCCUUAGAUACCCCCUUCCCUUCCCACUCUUAUACACUACACUCAUUCUAUCAACAACAACAACAACAACAAAACACGUGUUUGAUUUUAAGAUUCGUAGUCGAAAGAUGCAAAGGAAACAAUAUGAAUUUAGAAUGCAGUAACAACGAAUUGUCGUUUGUGUAUGACGAUUGAAACUGAAAGAUGUUUUCAAUUCAGAUAACGAUCCUUGUACACAAAAUACAAACAAAAAAAAUUAUACACACAUUUACGCAAUUUAUUAUUUUCCAUAAAAUUAAUUA